CAGACUCAGACUCAGUCGUUUACCGACAACCGGCCUGCAAACGUGUUCGAAUUGAUACGUUCAGAUCAUAUUCGUGCCGAAGCGUGGGCAUCGGUUGAUUUUCAGACCAUACCGGAGAUGCAGUCUCAGUCCCAGUGUGAGUGGGUGAUAUGCGUUGCUCUGUGAUCUGAAUUCAUGAAUAGUGCCCCAAAAGGAGGUUUUGAAACACCAAGUUCAACGAGUUGUGCAAAUAAAUAUGAUAAUAAUUCACGUUCGGAAGCUUAAUCAAGAUUGAUGAACUGUGUAGAAUUAAGUCAUAAAACAAGUUCAAAGAAGCAGUUGACGUUACUUUUAUGACAAUGUGCUAAUACUGGAUGUGAGAGAAUACCGUCUCAAAGUGCUAAACUGAGAUCAUACCGUUCUGCGAUGUGUGUGAAGAUUAGAUAUUAGUACAUGUUAAAUAAUUGCUUCUUAGCGCCGAUACUUAAGCUGUAAGUGUAUGAUAAUAAUAAGUGCAAAUUUGAAAAUGUAUUGAUAAAAAUAAAUAGUAAUACAUCGCCGUCGCUGCCACUUUGUGUAUAUAAAUGAGCUUCAGGUUCAGGUGUAUGAGUGCAAAAAGAUUGUUGCUUCCCCUAUACUAAGUGAAGAAAACGAAAUACGAGAGAGAGAACCGACCCGACCAGCGGCAUCAGCAUUAUUUGAAUGGGACGAAGUGGGUGAAUUAUUUAUUCAAGUUUAUUGAAAAUCAUAAAAGUGACGAUAAAGUUUGGAAAAUUAAAACCAGUUUUAGGCCCUGUUGAAAAAGUUCGGCGAUUUUGUGGACGAUCUUGGGAAGCGAGAAGCUUGAUCAUUCGAAGGACACACCGGUCACGAUAAGACUGGUGCAUGACCGAAUCCACAUUGACUCAUUUCCUCCAAUGACGUUUCGUUAAACUUCAAGCGACAAAUUUUGACAUCAAAAUUUUGCACGUUAUGGCUUAGCUGUGAUAUAUCCGUACCAAUAAAGCGCCGAUAGACACCUCAACGGUUCGAGCCGGUCCCAGAGAGCGAUGAAACAACAGUAGUCUGUAUGUGUACGAUCGGGGCAGACCCUGCAAUCUCUCGGUCAGAGAGUAGUAUACUUAGAAUCGCGGCAUUCCGACCAGAAUAAAAGCACUUACUGGGCAUUUGUGCAACAACCGGUCACGAGACGUCGAAGCAAGCGUUGAAGUGUAGCGACACAGCAACGUAUAUACCUAUCUACCUAUCCUACGGCUACUGUGAUCGUGAAUCGUGAAUAUCUCGCGCUCGUAUCGUCGGUAUGAAAUCACAAACCGCAGGAGCGAAAGCUGCGAAGUGAGGGAGAGAAAAAACAGAUUUUUCGAUAGAAUUACGUCAAUAGAAUUGAUUUUUAAUGGAUUCGAAUGUGGAUGGAAGUGAGUUCAGCCCGACGAGAGCUGAUAGCAACAACCAACAACAGCAAGAAGAAGAAAAGAAGAAACCAUAACGAGCUCUCGCCGAGAAUGGUGGUGAUAUUGAACGUGCAGUGAAAAGAAGUGGAAGAAUUUUCUCUUUUUUUUCGGGUCGAUCCGAUAUCUGUAUACGAGAGUUUGUAUGGAAGACAUCAACGAUUUAUCAGUGAAAGAACAUCAGACGCAGAUUUGUUUUCGAAGACCGGCCGUCGGUCGGGAGCCUCGGCGCUGUAUCAUCAAUCUGACAAAAUACGGCCAAUGCUUUCAGCCGUGGAGAACCUAGGAUCCGGUCGGGUUUAUCCCCAUCCGUUUCCAGGGACGGCGGCACCCUCGUUACUGGGGCAACUUCCACUGGCGGCUGCAGGCCUACCGUUGCUAGGACCCAAUAUGGUCGAUAUGUCAGUUGCUGAGUUUGCCCGACCGCAUCCCAAACAGCAAAGGUACAACGAAGCUCCCCGAAAUGGAUUGCUACCAUCGUCGAGGCCAAAAUACUCGGAGGUAUCGCCACAGUCCCCGCAAAGCGGCCCGGUGAAUCUGGCCGUAAGUCCAAACCUACCAAAUCCUCACAGCAACCAAACGUUGGGUGCUACCAAGCUGAGCCACCUCGGACAUGAUUUCCAUGAACGCACGCUGCAGGCCCACGCCCAGGCACGGGCCCAUGCUCAGCAACAGCAUCAACACCAGCAACAACUUCAACAGCAGCAACAACAACUUCAACAACAGCAACAGCGACAUCAAGAACAGCAAAAGGAAGCCGCUGCCGUUGCAGCAGCUGCUGCUGCGGCUGAUAUUGGAAAGCUAUACUCACCUACUAAUCCACGGUUAUCGUUUUUUCCCGGCCCGAUGGAUACCAGCUCCUAUCCUGGCCUAAAUUACAAUCUAUAUCCAUUUGGAUAUUCUGCGGCACAUUUAGAAGCUCGAAUAUUAGGGCGCCCGACAUAUCUACCAGGCCAACGGGAACCAUAUCCGUCGUCUCCCUUCCUUACGCCAGGCUCGUACGGCACACCCGAAAGUUCAAAAUCGAAAAACUAUCCCCCAGUUUCCUUACCACAUUUGAAUGGCCAUAUUGGCCUUAAAUCUACCUCUCUUCCACAAAUACCUCAGGACAAGAUACCCUCUGAUGAGAGAAGUCCAACAUUGCCCCCGUCCCCAUCAUCAUCAGGCCUAAUGGGCAGUCCAUACUCAGACAGAGAACGGGGAUAUCCACCCAACGGAAUGCCAUCCGGUAUUCCAGAACACUCGCUACACGGCAAAUACCCAAGUAGCCAUCCAACGCUGCACGAGAAAGAGAACAAACUCGAACAAAAGCAGCACAAUUCUAGUCAUCAUCAACCACAGCUCUCGAACCAGGGUUCCUUGUCGGGGUCGUCUCUACAGGCCCAUCAUCCAUUCCUUCCGCCAUCGCCAUCUUCAUCGUCCGCGGUUUCGUCCCUAUCGUCUUCCAACAGCCAACGUCACCACUCGAUGCCCCAUCCAUCCUCGACUGGCGGCAGCCUGUCUCAUCAUCCCCAUCCCUCUUUAGCAGUAGAGGGCGGGCUUCGUCUCGAACAACUGCCACAGGAUAAUGAGUUCAAGGUUCCGUCCGGCAAAGAAGGUUCCAUGAAGCAUCGAAUUCUAACGCGACCCGCCAGUGAACGAGAUGUGCGACGAAGAUCUCCAACAACGAAAUCGACUACUAUUUUUAGGCCAUUCGAGAAUGGCACGACGACGAAUUUUACCAAGGGUGCCCUGAUUCAGCUGGCUGAUGAAUGCAAACGGGUGGAAGAUGUGCGAACCGAAGACUUAGUACAAACCGCCGAGAAGUCGGCCGACCUACGGCUGGCGGAAUCGACGGCCGUCAAGAUUACCCCGCGUAACAACAACGUCAUUAUCACGUUCAGCUACGACAACAACCGAUCCAGGACCGACAUCGAAGCCACGAUCGAGCAUCCUUUUUUCGUGUACGGACAAGGCUGGGCCUCCUGUUGUCCGGAGAAAUCUCUGCACCAUUUUGGUCUCAAGUGCCAAAAGUUGCAAGUCGGUGACAUUUGUCUCUCUUUGAUUCCACGUGAAAAACCAAAAACGAGCCAUUCCUCCUCUAGUUCGUCUACAUCGUACCUGGCUCCCCAUUCGGCGGCAGCACCCGGUAGCGGUGGUCAGUAUCUGCCUCCAUCCCAGCAGCUACACCAUCACGACAUCAACGGUAACCAGACGGCUUUACACCACCAGCCACACUAUCACCCCCAACAGCAUACUCAAUCGAUGGAUCACUCGCCGCGAUCCAAUCGGGAUCGAGGUGAAAUCAGUGGCCUACAGCCACCGCAGCAGCAGUUGCAGUAUCUACCUCAGAAUCUUUCACGCAAAGCGUCAUCCUUCCAUUCGUCAACGAUUCCUACUACAGCCACUACAACGGCUGUUUCCUCUCGACCUUCUGGCACGCUACCAUACAGCAGCUUCCCGUCGGUGCCAGUAUUUUCCAUGCCCUUUUCGGCGGCUAAUUUAAGUAAAUCCCACGAUCCUUCCCACUAUUCGCCAAAAACAUCUCCCGACCAUUUGACCGUCGCCAACCGAUCGGCAACCAAUUCUCAAGGAUCGCUCGACUCGACCGAUCAACCCGUUGCGAUGGUCGUGGACAAAACUACGCAUUCCUCGUCCUCAUCCACAUCUUCGACUUCCUCGGGCAUCAGCAGUGGAGGAGCGUCGUACAAUUCUUCAUCGUCAACCACAAGCACCAACAAUGUUGGGGCGAAGUCUGGCAACACGGCCACUACAGUAACCGAGAGCGGCAGCAGCAGCAGCGCUAACAUGGACGACGAUGAUGGCGUCAUUGAUGCGUCAGUUUCGCGCAAGCGCCGAUGGUCUGCACCGGACGUGUGCGACGACUCGGAUGCUAGCCAGGGCCAAAAGACGGAGAGUCCGGAAGGGCAGCCUCCACCGGCCAAGGUGUCCCAGCCAAUGACCUAGGUUAGUUGGUAUCUUAUUGUUAGGUGUAGCUUCGAACGCUAGUGUGCACGCGGUCACGCGUAUUUGUCGGUGGUUAUGUGCAAGAUCUUUUACGGGUUGUACUGAUGAGGGAGGAACCGUUGGAACUUUUCUGAUUCGUCUCAACUCAAUUAUUGGAGGUUGGGAAAUUUUGCUCCUAAAUUUGUUCGGUGGUGUUUCUCGUUGAAGCAGUACAACUUGUAAAUAUUUUUUGUAUAGAUAUUGGUGAUUUUGAUAAAGAAAAUUAGAUUCGGAGAGUAUAUUCGACUUAUACAUAUAUGAAAAAACCUAAACGCUCAUUUGUAAUAUGGAUGAUAGAUGUUUUCUAAAAACAAACAAUAAGGUGCACGGUUACGAUAAAUAUUUGAAAAAUACAAUUGUAUAAAAUAAAUUACGAUAAUUCUAAGGUGUUUGCUCCUAAAUCCACAAUAAAACUCCCUUAAAAUCUUUAACAGUA